GAAGAUCACAUGCAUCGUGAGUCCCGACCGCAAAAUUCAAAUCAGUUCGAGCUUCGAACCAUUUCAACGGUGACCUGUUCUUCCCCACCCGGCCACGGCUACGGCCACGGGUCACCCCUCCACCCCAAACCCUAGCACCCCCGAUCCAGCAGCAGCCCCCCUCUCCGAGCUCCAAAACCUCUCAGAGAUGGCGGCGCCGGCGCCGGCGUUGAUGCAGCUCAAGGUGCGGAUCCCGGAGAACGAGGAGGUGGCUCGCUGCCUCCACGAGAAGCGGCUGUCUAUGAGGGAGCAGCCGGCCGGUUUCAAGGAGCACCUGGACCGCACGUUCGCCAAAGCCUACCGCAAUGUCUGCGCCGCCAAUGAGCCCAUCCGGACUCUCAAGGAGUUCUCCAAAAUCAAUGGUGUAGGACCAUGGCUCAUACGCUGUAUGAAAGGCUUCUUUGCAGAGUCCAAGCAGGAUUCUCCAGCGAAAGGAAAGAAAACAAGAGUACCAAAGUGCUGUGUGACAAAGAAGAAAACUGCUGCUUCUGCUUCUCUUGGCAAGGGACCUCCUUCCAACUUAAAUUGUCAGAAUGCUCAGUUUUCUUCAUCCCAAGGAACAUUGGAGCUGCAACCAUCUGGUAAAACGGGUUCUACUGACUUCAAUAUGCUAGACAAGGAUGUUGUAUCAAUGAACAAUUGUAUACUGGCUAUGCCACCUCGUCAAUCAAGUGAAGAGUUUCUUGAAGCUUACGAGGUUGUUCUGAUAUUGGAUGAUCGUGAGAAUUUUGGGUAUUGUUCAAGAAAAGUUGCUUCAAAAAAGGUUGCUGAUAACAUUGGCUCGCAGUUUAACGUACCUGUAGAGGUUAAACGUUUGCCUGUAGGUGAUGGCAUAUGGAUCGCUCGUCAUAAAAAAAAUUUUACAGAAUAUGUUCUAGAUUUUAUUGUUGAAAGGAAAAAUGUUGCAGAUUUAGGUAGUUCAAUUAGAGACAAUCGAUACAAAGAUCAGAAAACAAGGCUGCAGAGAUGCGGGUUAAGGAAGCUUAUGUAUCUUGUCGAAGGUGAUCCAAAUACUUCAAAAGGAUCAGCAGCAAGCAUAAAAACAGCCUGCUUUACCACUGAGAUUUUCGAAGGAUUUGAUGUUCUGCGUACCAAUGGGUAUACUGAUACCAUGAGAACAUAUGGUUAUCUUACACUCUCGAUAAUGGAUUACUACAGCACAAAUUUCUGCAGACUUGAUAAAAGUGCCUGUAUAUGCCCAACCUAUGAUGAGUUUGAGAGACACUGUCAUUGCCUUCAGAAAAGAACAGUGAGCCAAAUAUUUGCUCUGCAGCUUAUGCAGGUGCCACAAGUAACAGAGAAAGUUGCAUUAACUGUUAUAGAGUUCUAUCCAACUCUUUUCUCACUCGCAAGGGCGUACUCCAUGCUUGAAGGUGAUAUCCAUGCCCAAGAGGAGAUGUUGAAGAACAAGAGCAAGAUGAUAAAUGCAGGGGCUAGUAGAAAUAUCUUCAGGCUUGUCUGGGGUGAUGGAUGUCAAUCUUCAGGGUUAAUUUUGGACUAGCCGACUUAACUGAGUAUAUCACCGACUUGGUGAUCUCGAGGCAUAUUAUUGUGUGGUUCACUAGCCCCUUAUGCUCAGAUAUUCAAUUGAAAGGCUUUCGCAUUCUGAAGGCAAAUGAUCCAAUUGAACACUGACCGUUUGGGAGCAUGUAGUCACCAUGAAAGUGUCUGAAAGUGCCUCCACAAGAUGUAGAGCCUGUUUGGUUCGUGGCUAAGGACAUAUUUGGUGUGGUGCCUACGCCGCCACACCGCGCCACACUUUUCAAGCCGCAGGUGUGGCGGCCGAUUUGGCCGCCGCGGGUUAGGCGCGGUGUGGCCGCCUAGGCGCCACACCAAACAUGCCCUAAAUGUGCCACAUUUUGCCUAAGGUUAGUCGUCUGUAUUGAACAAUUAACCUUAGGCAGAAAGGUUAUGCAAAUUUUAAUUGCAAGUUAGUCAGUGAACCAAAUAUGCUCGUAAUGUUAUCUGGAUGAGAUGCGUUGUGUUUCAUUAUGUACAUCUUGACUUUUGCUCACUUGCUUGCAUUAUGAGAUGUCUCUUGUUA